CGGAGCGUACAGUCGUCUGAGCGCCUGGGCUGUAAAAUGAACGACGCAGAGCUGUACGCCAAAUCGAGCAGCCUCCAGCAGCAGUUCGUGAACAAGGUGCUGGAGGAGCUGUGGCCGGCCCUGGACUGGCGGUGCGAGCAAGGCACUGUGCUGGACGUUGGUUGCGGUGCUGGUGACGUCACGAGACACGAGCUGCUGCCGCGACUGCCACCAGGAGUCAGCGUCCUCGCUGUAGACAUCAACCCCGCCAUGGUAGCCAAGGCGGCAGACAGGUUCUCUGGGCCACGUCUGUGCUUCCAUCAGCUGGACAUUGGCACGCCGCGUAUUGAAGAAACCGAGGUCUGGAGACUAGGACCGUUCCCAAAGGUGUUCUCCUUCUUUUGUCUGCACUGGGUGCAGGAUCAAAGACUCGCCCUUCAGAACAUCGGUAAGCUUCUGUCUCCCGGAGGCGAAACAGUUCUGAUCAUCGUGACCGGCAGUCCCCUCUAUAUGAUGUUCGAAACACUGGCCAAGUCCUCUCGCUGGAGUGCCUACAUGAUGGAUUACCGUCAGUUCGAGCCACCUUACGUACGCAUGGAAAAUCCAGUGGCCGUUCUGACGAAAUACCUGCAUGAAGCUGGUUUCUCCGUAAAAACAUGCCGCAAUGAGGACAGCAGCUAUUCUUCCACGGAUGAGCAAAAAGUUAAAAACACGAUAACUGCGAUAAACCCGUUCGUCGGCAGGAUUCCGCAGCAGCAGCUGGAGGCCUUCAUACAGGACUGCGUGGCAGAGGCCUACAGUAACGGCACGAUACGCGCUGACACUCUGCCGGGCGGCACCGUCUACUCCUUGCCGUACAGCGCCAUGUUCGCCCACGCAGCCAAGGCCUGAGCUUGGUGGCUUCUGCAGUAGUGAUCUCCGAUGAUUCGCAAAGCUCGCAUUUUACUCUAUUUUCCUCUUAUCGUCUGUGUGCGCAACGUUCUCGUUAAAUCCAUGCUACUUCGCGACCACUGCCCUUCAUAUGUGUUUGUGGAAUACCAUCUCAACUCAUUCUUGACAAGAAUACUUCAACACUUGCCUAGCGUUAUUCAAAAGCCAGUCUCUCACAAAAACUGGUAUACAUGAGAGAAUAGCAGAAUUAUACUAUGAUUGAAAAUAUGAGUUGAGGAUUGGCCCAAAAUUCUAUUCCUCCUGCAUAUACUCCAGAAACACUUUCACGACGAACGCUCAGGAUUUUUCUUCACUGCCAUGAAGCAGUGGUGGUUUAACGUGGCCUUGUCGGAUCUUAGGACGCUCUACUGUUUUUAGUGUAUCUCGUGUGUGUGUGUGUGUGUGUGUGUGUGUGUGU